AUGCCAGGAUAGUUUUGCUUAAAUACUCUUUUUGGAAAUUCAUGCCAGUCUCUGUUAUUAUCUUUUGAUUAAAAUAGAUUUUCAAGAGAAAGAAUAACUGGUAUAUGCCUUCCUUAUUUAGAUCCAAAAUAUGAAGGAGGUGAUAUUGAAACUUGUGUAGAUGGUAGUUGCUUUUAUACAGAUCAAAUUUCAAAGAAAAAUUUCUGUCUUUCUUAGGGUAUCUAUGCUUUGGGAGAUUUUAUUGUUGGAAUCGACACUUUAGGCUAGUGUUUAAUUAAAAACCAAAUAACGAGAGUUUAAAUAAAAUCAUGUUUAGGCUUGACAUAUUGUGCUCUUGAUAUUGGAAAAGGGAAUUACACAUGUCAAAUGCUUUAGUUAAGUGACCCUAAAUAUCCAAGUCUAUCUUACUAAGCAAAAAAUGCAAACUAAACUUGUUAAGAACUUAACAAAGAAAAUAGCAUUGGAUGUUUAGACGGUUUAUAUUGUAUCAAUCAAUAUACUAAUAAUAAAUGCGAAGUAAUGAACUCUAAUGACCCAAAUAAAAUAGGCAGAAAUUUUUUUAACCAAUAAUGUCUUCCAUAAGGAGCUUAAGUUGCUAUAAUUUGCCAGUAGUAAUAUUGUAUAUCUUCUGGAGCAUGCAUACCUUUAUCAGAUAGUCAUCCAGGCUAAGAAAAUGUAACAUAAAUAUGUUUAUAAGAAUAGUCAUAAGGUUAGAAUGGAGCCUCUAAUUGUUAUAAAAAUGGGUACUGCUUAUUGACAGACCCCCUAACAAAUAAAGCAUCUUGUUUCAAAUUAGACUUUAGUAAUCCAAAUACUAUUGGUAUAUAAAAAGACACCUAAUUAUGCUUAUAGAUGGGAUAACCUUAAGCAAUAAUGUGUGCGGUUGAAAAAUAUUGUUUAGAUCAAACAACAAAUACCUGCUAGUUAAUUAAUACAAAAAAAGGGAUGUGUAUUGAUAAAAAUGGUUUUUGUGUAUAAAAUGGAUCCUGUUUUAAUUGUGAAUUAAAUUAAUGCUUGUCUCAAUCUAAUAAAAAUACAUGUUAAGACCUUUUAUAACCAUCAAUUACUUAUUGCAAGGAUAGCUAAGGUUGA